AUGGAGGACCCGUCGCCAGACGACGCAGGGCAGAAGACGGACAUAACUCCUGACGUGAGCGGUGAGCUCGGGCCGCACAGCCCCAUGUCCGUGCCUCGCGCACACCGCUGGGACAUCGUGAAGGCACUCCCGCUUGUCCUCGCCGUCCUCGCCGGCCUCGGCCUGCUUUCGCGACACCGGCACUCUCCGCGAGCGGCCGUGGCUGAUUUGGCGCCGGUGGAGGUGGUGGCCGUGGUGAUAGCCUCCAACGGCUACACCGCAAACUACACCAUCAACACGCUCCUCACGGCGGGCCGGUGGGAGGGUCCUAUCUACGUCGUCGGAGAGCACUGCGAGCGGCGGGUCGCGCCGGGCGAAGCCGACGCCGCGGGCUGUGCGAGCGAGACGUGGCAGCGGCCAGACCUGCUGCCCGCUGGCGCGCCGUCCCGGGCGCUGGGCGCAAAGGCGAUCAAGACGCGCCUCCUCGACGUGGCGGUGGGCGCGAAACGGGUCCUCUACCUCGACUCCGACAUCCUCGUGCAACGCCCACUCGCGACGUCCGCCUUUGGCGCGCUGCUGCGGCGGCGCGACGCGUGGAGCCCGGGCUGCGAGGCGUACUUUGAGCGCGAGCGGACCUUUGUUCGGCAGCGGCGCGCGUUUGCCGCCGGCGAGCCCGCGAAUAAAUGCAAUGGGGUGUUCGUCGUGAGCGGAAUGAAACUGAUGAGCAGGCACGCUCCCGCCACCGGCGUGCCGGCGGCGCGGUACGACUUGCCCUACUGGUGCUCUGGCACCUUUGUGCUCGAUGUGGGGCAGUCGAGGGGGCUCCUCGACACGUGGCGCGAGGAGAUCCUGUCGGGCAAGGAGCGUGUGUCGCUCGAUCAGCACGCGCUGCACCGCGCCGUCGCGCGCGGGCACGCCGUCUGCCCGCUGCCCGACGACACGCGCUACGUCAAGGACCUCGAGGGCGCGCUGCGUGGGCUGCUGCACACGCGCACCCUGCUGCACUUCCAGACCGCAAAGGCGUCCCUGCCAGACUACUGCCUCCUGAGAGUGGGCGAGGAUAACGCAACGCAACGCAAACGUUUCGUGAUCGUGUAA